UUAAUGUGUCCUUUGGAAGGACUGGGACUUGUUACUGUCAGUAACACUUGAUUUUUGGCAUUUAAAAAUGUUUCAGUUGGUAUCACUCAACGAUGAUUCCCAUGAAUAUGGAAAAAUUAAGAGGCUGUUUGAGAAGACGAUGAAAAAUUUCUACAUCCACAAAUUGCAGCGGAUCCAGAACCCAUCACUUUGGCAAGUUUUUCAGUGGCAAAAGGAACAGAUGAAGAAGCUCAAUAAGUUGAAAUGGGUGGAAGAGCGGCUGCUCUUUCAUGGGACAAAUCCAUCCCACAUACCUGCAAUCUGUGAGCAGAACUUUGACUGGAGGAUCUGUGGGACUCACGGAACAAUGUAUGGAAAAGGAAGCUACUUUGCCAGAGACGCUAGCUAUUCUCACGAGUACUGUUCCCCUCACAGUGGUCGCUACAGCAUGUUUGUAGCUCAAGUUCUUGUUGGAGACUUUGUUAAAGGAGAGCCUGAAUACCUUCGUCCUCCAUCUAGAGCCAGCAAUUCAAAUAGACUUUAUGACAGCUGCGUGGAUAACCUGACAGACCCUUCCAUCUUUGUCAUCUUUGAGAAGCACCAGAUUUAUCCUGCUUAUAUCUUGGAGUACAGCAAUGAGUUCCCAUGUGUGAUCCUGUAAUGAAUGGUGGAAUCUCCUUUGAUUUUACACUGAAUAAAUUACAUUCUAGUACAUCUUUUUUUAACAUUUGUUCAGUUUUAGUAGUAGCUUUAGAACAUUUUGUAAUGCAGUGAACCAAUAUUUUGGGGCAUAGUGUUAAAUUUUAAUCUCCACUUUAUCUCUAGCCUGGGAUGGCGAUGUGACUGCUUUGCAUACUGUCCUGGUUUGAGCUAGAAGAGAACUGAUUCUGUUCAGUGACUGCAGUUUCCAUUUAAGUCCCUUUCUUCUAAGCAACUGCACAUUCUCAUUUAAUGGCAAUUUUCGCGAUGCUUCAGGAAGAGAUGACACCUGAUGUUUAUAGUUACUACUAAGGAUUGCGAUGCAGAAAGGCUCUUCCUUAUACUUAUUCCCAUAGAAACUAAGGUCUCUGCUAAAUCUACUUUACCACCUUGAGGUAAAGUGCAGGGUCCCACUACUGGGAGAUCAGAUGAC